AUGUUCAAAAGACGAAAAGACGCUAACGAACGCGAGCGUCUUGCUGAAAUUGAACGGAAAGAUGCCAUCUUGGCUGCCAGGUUAGCUCAAGGACCUUUCAGGAGAAGACCCAAGAAAGAGGUUGAUGGACGGAAGCUCGGUUUGAACGCUCAGAAACUAAAUUUGCUGCAACAAGUGGUUGAUGUCAUCGGUAUGAACCAUGUGACUCGCCCUGAAUUGGUGAAGCAAUUGUGGGUGUAUAUCAAAGCCCACGACUUGCAGAAUCCCGAAGACAGACGAACCAUCAUGUGUGACGAAAAACUUGAGCGGAUUUUCAAGCGGAAAAAGGUGGGGAUGUUCGAGAUGAACAAGUUACUCUCGGAUCACAUCUUCAAACCAGGCGAAAUGACCUAUACUCAAACAGAGGGGACCUCGACGACCAAUGGCGAAUCAGCUGGUGCAGGGCGGCAAGAAUCUCCCGCGCUCCAGCUGCCUACUAGCGACGACUUUGACCUCAGCGGCUCCGAGGAACCGCCGACAAAACGAGCUAAGCAGGUAAACGGCCAGACCGCCGUCCCUGCCAACGACUCGUCGGAGUCCGAGGCCGAAUGA